UGUUGCAUUCCAUUUACCGUUCAAACGGCGUUUUUGUGCGCGUCGCUUUUUGUUUGAUUGAAUUGAUUAAUAAUUUGUUAGCGACUAAACGACUAAAAUAAGGAGCAGGAAUGGACACUCCACGUCGAAAGCUGCGCAACUUGCACAUGGAGAAUGUGCAGAACAGCAGCACCCCGAUUCGCGUGCCGCCGUCGCCGAUGCUGAAGACUCUGGGCCACGGGACCGGCGUGAGUGUUUACCGCUUGGACCGCUCGCCCCGUUUGGGCCAGAUCCGCUCGCCGUGGGCCGUCAAGCGGAUCACCCAGAACAUGCGGGCCAAGCGGGACACGCUCUUCAACGAGCGGAUUGUCCACGAGGCGGACAUCCUUCGCAAACUAAAGCAUCCCAAUAUCGUGGGAUUCCGUGGCGUGGUCACCAGUGACGAGGGCGUCAACACACUGGCCCUCGAAAUGUGCACCACUUCGCUGGGCUCCAUACUGGAGGAGCGUCACGACGAGGAUCUUGGCCCACUGCCGGCCAAAAACACCUUCAAAAUGAUCAUGGACGUGGCUUUGGCCCUGGACUUCCUACACAACGAAGCUCGCUUGCUGCAUGGCGACCUCAAGUCCUUUAAUGUCCUGGUUAAGGGAGAGUUUGAGAUCUGCAAGUUGUGCGAUUUUGGGGUAGCUCUUCCGCUGGACGAGCAGGGCGAGAUUAAUUUCCAAAAGAGUCCCGAGCUGCGCUAUGUGGGCACAAGCCUUUGGUGCGCCCCGGAGGUUAUCGACGACAUGGACAUUAUUGACAGCAAGGCCGACAUCUUCAGCUUUGGCCUGGUUAUCUACGAAACGCUGGCCUUGGUGCCGCCGCACACAUUGGAGCUUGAUGCAGCGCUUGGCGAGGAUAUGGACAGUUCCCACGAUCUGUCCACCGAAACGGAGAAGGUGCAGCGCAAGCAGCUGGACUUCUCGGGCGAUGAGAGUAAAAUGGACGAGCACACGGACAACGAUAUGAGUCAGGAUGUGGUUGACGAGGAGGCGGAGGAAGUCGACGAGGAGGAAGAAGACGACACCAAGGAGAACGACAUCUCGGACUUCACGCUGAACAACCUGCAUUCGGCCUACGGAACACGCCCACCGCUGCCAGUGGCCUUUCAGCUCAGCGACGAUUACAACUGCAUCGUGGAGCUGUUCUACCUGUGCACGAAUGCCCUCAGCGAGGAUCGUCCCGCGGCCAAGACCAUUUGGCAGUGCCUGGAGAACAAUGCCGCGAAUGUGGCUACAGGAGGAGGCGAUUAGACUGAUCAUCCUCCGCAAUCUUCCUCCCCUUCGGAAAUAAGCUCUUAAUGUCUCAUUUUUGUUUGCAUGUACGAGUAUCUAUCUAGCUAUAAUUCCUACUCCGUAAGAAGAAUCAAACGAUUCGCAUAUACAUAUAUACAAACGAUCGGAUUAGAUAAGUGUACAUAUUCAGCAGCCAAAAGAGAGGUCGAAUAAAUCGAAUCCCGAAUGAAACAACAA